UCCUCUACUUGUAGAUAAUUGCAUCAAGUUUGCCUUUUUAGUUCCAUUUUUGGACGUCUCUUUUAUCAUCCAGCCAACUGGGAUAGACAAAGCAUGUUGGUGCCCUGAGCGGCAGCACUCUGGUAGGGGGCUGGCUGGCUGUAAAUUGACGUGGCAUGGAAAUUCUCCGCUAAGUUGCAGCAGCUUGUGUGUUUCUCUAAGAUCAAGCCCAGCCUCCAGAAGCUGUAGCUUAAUCAUGGGCUCAGUGACUUUACAGAAAAAUGGAUAGAAAAACUCUUCAGCUCCUUUCUUUGGACCCCAACUUUUGCAUUUUGGAUAUCUGUGGUUCAGCAGUGAAGUCUGUAACUUUCUUUUUGCAGCUUAGACAUCAGAAUUUGCUGUCCUCCCUCCCCUUUCCUGCAAUUUAAUUCCUUGCAGACUUUGCCAUGGGGUGCGGACUUAGGAAGCUAGAAGACCCUGAUGAUAGCAGCCCUGGAAAAAUAUUUUCUACCCUGAAGAGACCGCAAGUGGAAACAAAGACGGAAUUUGCUUACGAAUAUGUACUGCUGGAUUUUACUUUACAAGCUUCAUCAAACCCGGAAGUGAUCAAGAUAAAUUCAAUUCUAGAUAUAGUAACAAAAGUGGAAGACUAUUAUCUUAAAGGAUAUAUUGUUGGAACCAUUCAUCCAGUCAUACAACCUAUGGGGCAGCGGAAACACCUGCCUGCAAGUUACCUUUACAGGGUGGUGCUGUACCGCUUGAAACUAAGCCCAAAGCAUUUGGCAGCACCCAGUGGACAAAGACGCCCAAGACUUGUGAUUGAGGAGUGUCCUCUAAUUUAUGAGACACAAACGAACGACAUAGCAAAAGAACUGAUAGAAAAGAUUAAUGUUGCUGCUACAAGAGGAAUGAAAUUUGUUGGAUUCAUAUCACAGCAUUAUCCACCAUCUAAACGCUGUAAUGGGAUCAGCCACGAUGAAGAUACAGAAUCGGGGCUGCACGUGAAACACAGCUCAGAUGAAAACUGCAGGAGCUGGAAUGAAGGGACAUUGAGCGGGCGGUCAUCUGAAAGCGGAAUAGAGGACGAACUGCACCAGGAGAGCAGACAGUGCCAAAUGGACCGCGGUGCCAGCCCCAGCUCCCCUCCCCCCAAAAAGGAAGACAGCAAUAGGCAAGAUAACAAAUUGUAUACAGUCUUCAAUGUUUUCGAUGAUGAUUCAAGCUGCUGGACCUAUCAGGAAGGCAUCCUGUCCAUGAAAGUAACAAGAAAAGGAUCCAUCAUCAGUACACUAGAUGCUGAUUGGCUAGAAUUAACAACAUUUUAUUAUAAGCAAGGCUUGUCUUUAAUUGAUUCUUUUGUAUGCUGGGAAGCACCUAAAGGGGACCAUUUGCCUAAAUCUUUGGAAGGAUUUUUUAUCUAUGAAGAGGAAGGUUCUGGAGUUCCAGGUUCUAACAGGAAAGGAAAUGACACCAUUGUAGUAGAACAAUGGACAGUCAUUGAGGGCUGUGAAAUCAAAACGGAUUACGGCCCUCUGCUGCACACGUUGGCUGAAUUUGGAUGGCUUCUGACAAACGUGCUGCCUACACCUAUCUUGAGGCAUGACAGUGAAGGGAAUUUGGCUACAAAGCAGGUUGUGUUCCUUCAGAGGCCAGUUAUAUGGAAUUCAGCAGCUCAGACCCCAGAGAGGAAGGCCAGCCGGCUUCUGAAAGGUGAGGACAGGAACAAAGUCAGCAGCAGGAGUGUUGGCCUCGACACAGGCUCGUCCCAACCUGCAGAGGGCAGAGUCCCGCCUCAGGAGGGCCUCCUCUGUCCCUCCAGGGAGUGCUGGACUGCGGAAGACAGGCCUGCCCAGGCCCACAGCUUCUCCAGGUUCAGCAGCCGCCACAGUGGCCUCCGGGAACUCGAUGAUGGACAGUUUGACCAGGAAGAUGGAGUGACUCAGGUCACUUGCAUGUGA